CUUAAGAGCGCGCUCCUGAAACGAGAAGGAAAAGUGACGGCCCAAACACGCACACGUACACACACAGAGGACUGUCCCGUCUGUCCCCAAUGAAGUGACCCAGCUGGACCCUGUGUGUGGACCCUUUGGGAGCGGGAUAUCUUGUGAGCCCUGAGCAGGCCUGAGACGGUCAGGUAGAGAAGCAGGUUGGACACCGCUGCCAGCAUGCUGCGGCAGUCUCUGAGCAUCCUGAAGCAGCUUGGCUCUGGGGGGAAGUCACAAGACGCCACCGAACUGCUACAUGAAGACCUGGUUUUGGUGGAGCAGCGGGUGGAACCGGCCAAGAAGGCGGCUCAGGUCCUCCACAAGAAGCUGCAGGGCUGCAUGCAGAGCCAGCCGGGGCUGGAGGCCGAAAAACGGAUGAAAAAGCUGCCCCUGAUGCUGCUGUCCAUUAGCAUGGCAGAGAGCCUCAAGGACUUUGAUGCAGAAUCCUCUAUCAGGAGGGUGUUGGAGAUGUGCUGUUUCAUGGAGAAGAUGCUGGCCAGCAUGCUGGCAGACUUUGAGAUGAAAGUGGAGAAGGCAGUUCUGGAGCCGCUCAACAAGCUCAGCGAGGAUGAUUUACCGGAGAUCCUCAAGAACAAGAAGCAGUUUGCAAAGCUGACAACAGAUUGGAACAAUGCAAGAAUCAGGAGCCAAGCCAGUACUGGUCCGCAGGCAAGGCAGGAUGGGCUCAGGGAGGAAGUGGAAGAAGCUUGGAGGAGGUUGGAGAGCAUCAAGGACCAGUACUCUGCAGAUCUGUAUCACUUUGCAACAAAGGAAGAAGACUAUGCUAACUACUUCAUCCGUCUUCUGGAGCUGCAAGCAGAAUACCACAAAAGUUCACACGAGUUCCUGAGCAGAAACAUCAGCGAACUCAAAGAGAAUCACAGUCAGAAAGGGCCUCCGAUCAGCCUCUCUCAGCAGAAGGUCUACGGGGAGCCUCUGCUGUCUCAUCUGUCUCGGAGCAACAGAGAAGUCGCCGCACCCAUCCAGGAGUGCAUUCAUAUGCUGCUGAGAACAGGCAUGAGGGAGGAGGGUCUGUUUCGUCUGGCAGCAGCAGCCUCCGUGGUGAAGAGGCUGAAGACCUGUUUGGAUCAAGAAAUGGUCGACCACAGCGAGUUCAGCAUGGACCCUCACGCCGUGGCCGGAGCUUUGAAGUGUUACCUGCGAGAACUACCUGAACCGCUGAUGACCUUUGAACUCUACAGUGACUGGUUUAAAGCUGCAGGGGAAAAAAACCUGACAGAGAAGCUGGAGCAGUUCCAGGUACUUCUGAAGAAACUUCCACCUGAAAACUACAACAACCUCAGGUACCUGGUCCAGUUCUUGUCUCUGCUGUCUGAGCAGCAGUCUGUAAACAGGAUGACACCCAGUAACAUUGCCAUCGUCCUGGGGCCUAACCUGCUCUGGCCACGAGCUGAAGGGGAAGCUGCUCUGUUUGACAUGGCGUCAGCUUCUUCAGUCCAGGUGGUGACGGUCAUUGAGCCUCUUAUUCAGCACAGCUCCACCCUCUUCCCCGAAGCUGUUUCCUUUGAGAUCCCAGAGCUUCCCGAGGUCCCGGAUGAGACCCUGCCAGCUCCUCUUUCCCAGUCUCAGAUGUCAGAAAAGGAGCAGCUGAGGAGAACAGUCUCCUCCUCUUCAUCCACAGCCUCCUCCUGCUCCUCUUAUCACCUCCCUCUCUCAAAGGCAAACAGCACAGCCUCUCAGGACAGUGGUGGCUUCCUCUUGGUGAAAUCUGGCUCUGUGAGUCGCAGUGGCACCUCAACAUGGGCCAGCCCUGUAGCUGAGACAGCAGCGCCAGCCCAUCAAAACACAACAACCAGCAACUCAUCCUCCAUUAGUUCCAGCCCCGUCGUCGCCCUCAACGCUUCCACUGCCUGUAGCUCGACAGCAAAGCAGGCCCCACCCCCGCUUGCUAAAGCGACAGGAGCAGCAGCAAACCCAGGUCAGAGUACCACCCAGAAGCAGGGCUCGGAUCAGGGCCAGCUGGAGCCAAUUUUGGAGGCACCUCCAGACUCUCCCAGAGCAUUCGUGAAGAUCAGUUCACCGUAUAAACCAAAGAGAACUUUCAACGUUAACAAGGCUAACCAAGGUAAUGAGCAGCUGACAGUUCAGUUCUCUAAACCCAAACCUCCACCGCCUCCCAAGCUCCAGGCCCCUCCGCCCCCCACCACAGAGCCGGCGGCAGCGGACACGAGGAACCAGCCGAUACCCGCACCCCGAGCUCAGCCGGCCAACCUCAAAAAGCCUCCCCCGAAAAAGCCUGGACUCAAAGCCCCGAACUGCCCCCCACCACUUCCUCCACCUUCACAGGCGAAGGCGGUACCUUCUAUAGCACAGUGAGAAAAAUGACAUGUGUGCCGUUCAUUAAUCGUGUGCAUUUUCUUGCUGAGGCUCCUAUAGGGGAACUUUUGUCUUGGUUUGUUUAACUUUUCACUUUCCUGCAAUGAUGAACAGAUGUACUCUAGGACACCAUGACAUCACUGUUGGGUGUGGUUACAGAUGCAACAUAGCAUCACUUCUGACCACACCAAACCAGCCCUGUAAGGGAUGCUGGCUGUGGUCAGAGGUGAACCAGAGAGGGCAGAAAAACAAUGCUUUUAAGCCUACUGGUAAGCUACUCUUUAAAGGUCCAGUGUGUAAGCUUCAGGGGGAUCUUGGAAAAAUAUGGCAGAAAUUGAAUCGUAUUAAAUUCCAUUCCAUUCCAUAUACCAUAGUUAGAUUUUGGUUAGUGUAUACUCACCUAAAAAUAGGAAUCGUUGGGUUUUUGUAACCUUAGAUUGAGCUCUUUAUAUCUACAGAGGAAGCAGGUCUUCUUCCACAGAGUCUUCCAUGUUGCACUUGGAAGGGGAGGAUGAGGUGAGGUUGAGAUCUGCAACCUCACCACUAGAUGCCACUAAGUCCUACACACUGGACCUUAAAACAUCCAAUAUGCAAGGUUUUAUUGCCUGGUUGGAUACAAGCAACCCCUCCCUUGGAUAUGUUCGCCUUGAUCAAUAUUGCCAAUCUGUGCCGUUCAAUACCAUAAAGGACUUGUGUUAAGUCAGAGUGUUGCAGCUUAGUUUUUGGUCUGUCAUUUAUUUAUUCUUCAGUUACUGAUGUCCUACAUUUCCCAGAAUGCAAAUUAAGUGCUGGAAGGCGAGUCUUUUUGGUAAAAAAACAAAAAACAAAGACAAUCUACAGAAUAAAUUAAUCCGAAACACACUGCCAGUUGCUGUUUGUGGUGUUUUUAGAGUGGAUUCUUCUAUAAAUCUACAAAAUAAGAGUAUUCAUGUGAGCUAAUUAAGUAUGGGGCAAAUAUUUUGUAAACCUUGAGACUUAACUGGUUUACUUUUUCAGUUGUUAAAAGAUACCCCACUCAAAGUCUACUUUUCACCGCAGACGCUGGUGAGCGUGAGUCAUGUCAGGUACAGCAGUUCCAACAGUGAAAUAACAGUUUUAACAACCACCUGCCAGGUUUACCUUUGGGGAUUUCCUUUCAACCAUCCUUUCAUGUUAAACCUGAAAAAAAUGUGUAAAUAAAUGCAUAUUCAACCUAACUAAAAACAUCUUU